GUCAGUGCGAAUUUAAAUUCAAGUGUUGGUCCUGACAGUGCUUUACAUACAUUAUAUGGAGAAGGCAAAUCAAAUGAAAUUGCCACAGAUAGCAGAUUUCAGUAUCGGAUGCUGCACUGCUUCAAAUUAGCAGGUGAAACAGAUUUCACACCUUCCAAUUUCCCUACUCUAUAUUGUUACCGUUACAAUCCGGCAAAGUAUGGAUCACUUGCGCAAACGAUUUGCAUUCCAGCAUCUUGUUCUGAAGACGAAGGCAAACUAUGGGAUAUUUACGAGAAAGUACUCCAAAUGCAACCAGUAAAUGAUGAUAACAUGCUUUCAACUUGUAUUCGUUCACGAAACCUCAGGCAGUGGUAUCAAAAACCAGUACCUUUAUUAAUCCUUCUGUAUCUUUUAACUUCAUGGAUUAUCGUUGGUUUAUCUACUCAUUAUCAUAUUCGACAUGGCACAAAACCAAAAGCUCUCAAAGAACAAAUUUUUCUUGCAUUUUCGAUAAAACAAAACAUUCAAAUGUUGUUUCAAAAACCUAAAAACCAUGCAAAGGUUAUAACUUGUAUGUUUGGAAUACGAUUCUUAACUAUAGUCUGGAUUAUUGUUGGACACACAUUUGCUUUUGUUUCGCCACAAAUAAAAAAUAUCAUCCAAUAUCGCCAUGAUAUGACUAGUAAUUUCUUAAACCAGUGGCUCACCAAUUUUGUUCUUUCUGUUGAUAUAUUUUUUGUCCUCGGUGGAACAGUGAAUGCAUACGGUUUUUUCCUAAAUUAUAGAAAAUUAGAAAAGAAGCCAAGUUGGACUUCAGUCAUGUUUUGGCUGAACUUUUAUUUUCAUCGCAUACUUCGCUUAUGGCCAGCUUAUUUUUAUACCCUUAUUGGUGUAAUUUUUUUUGCAAGUUUACAUUACCGAUCAACGUGGCCAAUGUAUGAUCCAUUGACACAAUGUCCAAAGUAUUGGUGGCAAAAUUUAUUGUUUAUAGCAAGUUUGUCCAACCACCACUGCAUGGGGUACGUAAGUACUGAAUUUAUUUUUUACCUGUUAUCACCCAUAUUUUUGUUAACUUUUGUUCAAAAUACAAAUCACGGCUACUUGCUCUCAAUUGUCUGCAUUUCCUUAUCGGAUGCAGCACGAGCAUACAAUAUGAUUGCGAAUAAUAUGCCACCGACACAACUUGGAUGGUCUGAGCCCCAUAUUUAUAAUUCAAAUUUUAUGGAGCAUUUUUCGGCAACGUAUAUCAAACCACAAUUCCGAAUUGCUCCAUACAUUAUCGGUUUGUGCUUGGGUCACUGUUUAGCGCAAAUUCAGUUGAAAAAACUUGGGGAUAUAAAUCUUUCGAAGGGUUUUCUUGUGUCUGCAUGGAUUUUAGCGAUUCUCAUUGCUUUCAUUUCAACGUAUGGUUUAUAUCCAAUCUUAAUGAACUCUAAUUGCAAGAUUUAUUAUCUGCUUUAUGGAGCACUUCAUCGAACUGCAUUUGCAGUUUCCAUUGCCUGGAUUAUUUAUGCAUGCCAUAAUGGAUAUGGUGGUCUAAUUAAUAGAUUUUUGAGCUGGGAAAUAUUUUUACCAUUAUCAGUAUUAUGUUACUCGGUAUAUCUAAGUCAUUUUCCCGUCGUAUUUGCAACAUACCUAAGAAUGCCUUUUCCAUAUAUCUAUAAAAGCAAGCGGUGUUUCCUGCUCAAUAUCUUAUUGAAUCUAAUCUUCUCUUACAUUCUUGGUUUACAAGCUUCAAUCUUAUCGGAAUUUCCUGCAUUAAAUAUCGAGCGAUGCAUCCGAAAUUAUCAUUUGAAGAAAAAACAAGAAAAAGCGAGCAGUAAUGAUAAAUGUGAUAGUGGUAUGAAAAUAAUGCAAUCCAAUUCUUGA